GCGUUAAUGACGUGAAUAAACCCGUGAAUCGGUUCUGAGUCGGAGCGGCUGUUUCCUGAUCAGCAUCAUGUUGGCCAGGAAGGGCCUCCUCCCUGACGGGUUCCUGCUGACCCGUCUCUCCGAGGACCAGAACCAGAGGAGCCGAGGCCACUCCCGGUACCAGAAGGCCCGCUUCAUCACCAAGAGCGGGUCCUGCAACGUGGCCCACAAGAACAUCAUGGAGCAGGGCCGCUUCCUGCAGGACGUGUUCACCACCAUGGUGGACCUGAAGUGGCAGCACUCGUUCCUGAUCUUCUCGUCGGCGUUCCUCUGCUCCUGGAUGCUGUUCGCGAUGAUCUGGUGGCUGCUGGCCUUCGCCCACGGGGACCUGGAGCCCCGGGACCCGGUCCUGGACCCGGGCCCGGUGCCCUGCGUCACCGCCAUCCACUCCUUCACCUCGGCCUUCCUGUUCUCCAUCGAGGUCCAGGUGACCAUCGGGUUCGGGGGCCGCAUGGUGACGGAGGAGUGCCCUCUGGCCAUCACGGUUCUGAUCGUGCAGAACAUUCUGGGCCUGAUCAUCAACGCCGUGAUGCUGGGCUGCGUCUUCAUGAAGACGGCGCAGGCCAACCGGCGCGCCGAGACGAUCAUCUUCUCCAGGAACGCCGUCAUCGCGUCCCGGAACGGCCGGCCCACCUUCAUGUUCAGGGUGGGCGACCUGAGGAAGAGCAUGAUCAUCUCCGCCACCGUGCAGCUGCAGGUGAUCCGGCGCACGGUGACGGCGGAGGGCGAGGUGACCCCGGUGUGCCAGCUGGACAUCCAGGUGGAGAACCCCCUGCGGAGCAACGGGAUCUUCCUGGUGUCGCCCCUGGUGGUCAGCCACACGCUGGAGCGCGGCAGCCCGCUGUACGAGCUGUCGGCCCAGACGCUGGCCUCCGAGGACCUGGAGAUCCUGGUCAUCCUGGAGGGUGUGGUGGAGACCACGGGGAUCACCAUGCAGGCCCGGACCUCGUACACCCCCGAGGAGAUCCAGUGGGGGCGCCGCUUCGUGACCAUCAUGACGGAGGAGGACGGCCGCUACUGCGUCGACUACUCCAAGUUCGGCAACACGGUGCCGGUCAAGAUGUCGUCGCUCAGCGCCAAGGAGCUGGACCAGACCCGGGGGGUCCAGGAGGGGGGCUCCUCGGAGCCCGUCAACCCCCAGGGCUGGGGGCUGGUCCGGGCCGGGAGGGGGGGCUUCCGUAGAGGAGGAGGCCGGGCCUGCGACGCCUCCCCCCAGCCCUGCUACGACCAAUCAGAGCCGAGGGAGGCGGAGCAAAGGGGGCGGAAGAAGAAGGUGCAGCUGGAGGUGAUUGGACGACAGAUGGACGAGGACGUCCUGGGGGAGACCAGCGACUGAGGACCAGGAAGCAGCUCACGCUGGAGGCGCUCACUUCCUGUUCGCUGGGAAAAAUAAGAUGGCGGCGGACAAAAUCCAAGAUGGCCGAAGCUUCAAAAAGUGUGAAUAACCAACGAGGACGACGUCCACUUCUUGGUUCUCUGAGCAGGAAGUGAUCAUAUCUGGACUCGGGAGGAGUGGCGUAGAGACCUGUCAAUCACCCUGUAGCCCCGCCCCUAAAGCAUCCCCUGUUUAUCUGGUGUGGCUCUAAAUGACCAUAAUGUACUAAAUGAUGACAUCAUGCUGUAUAGAAGAAGUAACUAGAGAUAGAGACAUAAACUCAUGGAAGAAUCGUAAAAGAAUGAAGGAAUCUGAUUGGCUGUUGCAGGAGGAAGCAGUGAUGAUGACUUCCUGUUGGCGAUCUCUCUGUUGAGCUCCACGAUGUUCAGUGGUUCGUUUACUUCUCUCGUAUCUCGUAUCUCACAUGAUAUGUUAUCGAUGUGGUAUGUUCUUUAGGUCACGUACAUGUGGUGUAGAUGUCCAUGAGGUGUUAUUUAUGUUUAUUAAAUUAUACUUUCUGUUUCUCA